AGCCUGCUGUGAUCGAAAGGACAGAGUGUGUAGGGGAAAGAACGAUAGAGCUGCGGACUGCAGCAUUAACACACUCCCUCUCUCUCGCUGUCUCUCUCUCUCUCACUGUCCUUCACCCACUCUUCACUAUCUGAGGUCCUCUUGCCUUUUUCCCCCCACGGUCGGGGGUUUCACUUAUAGGACUGUGACCAUUUCCAUUUUGGGAUUUUCUCCCGGCCUCACAUGGACUGUCUGUGGACAAAGCUGUGCUGUGUGUGAGGAAUGCUGCGUGUGUUCAUCCUGUGUGCAGAGCGUCUGCUGACGCCAGACAGUGACAUCAGUGAUGCCUACUGCACCGUCACCUAUGAAGGUUCAAAGAAGAAAACCAAAGUCAUCAAGAACAACCCCAACCCUGUGUGGAAUGAGGGCUUUGAAUGGGACCUGAAGGGAAUUCCUCUGGACUCUGGAGCCGAAUUACACUGUGUUGUCAAGGACCAUGAGAAGAUGGGGAGGAACAGGUUUUUGGGCGAAUGCCGCCUGGCCUUGCGAGACGUUCUCAACGCUCCAAACCUGGCGGCGUCCUUCACUGUCUCCCUGCUGGACACCAAGAGAAACAAUACCGGGGCGACGCUGACUCUGCAAGUUUCCUACACCCCUCCGCCUGGAUCAGGACCCUUCUUCCACUCGACCCCUCUUCCCGAGUCCCUGCCUCACACCAACCCCAACGUUGAGCUGGACACAGUCACCGUGAUUUCUCUGGACACCUUAGAAGAAGACACGGAGAGCAUGAUCAUGGUGGAGCCCAUGGAGGAUCAGGGUGCUGACGACGGGCGCUCCAUGGUGAUAGUUGGCCCUCAGGGGCCACAGGGAGACGAGUCCCCAGCAGCUCACACGCCCAAACGCUCACCGCCGACCAACAACAAUCAGGGAGGGAUGAGGAAGAGGAAGAGAGGGGGGUCUAGUGCUCAGUCCAAACCGCUCCCUAAUAAACCUCAGGACCUCCAGGUUCGUGUGCGCAUCAUCGAGGGCCGACAGUUGCCCGGCAUCAACAUCAAACCAGUGGUGAAGGUGGCAGUUGCUGGUCAGACCAAGAGGACGCGUAUCAGGAAAGGCAACAACCCACACUUUGACGAGACCUUCUUCAUGAACUUCUUUGAGACGCCAUCAGACCUGUUUGAUGAACCGAUGUUUAUAACGGUUUGUGACUCCAAAUCACUCAGAACUGAUGCAGUCAUCGGAGAAUUUAAGAUGGAUGUUGGCGCCGUGUAUCAAGAGCACAGACACUGCUUCCUGAGGAAAUGGCUCCUGCUGUGUGACCCCGAUGACCUCUCGGCAGGUGUCAAAGGUUAUUUAAAAGUCAGCCUGUUUGUGUUGGCUGCCGGGGACGAGCCGCCGGCCGACAAGCGUGAGUGUGUUGAGGACAAAGAGGACAUUGAAGGGAAUCUGCUGCGACCAGCUGGUUUGUCUCUUCGAGGAGCCACAUUCACCCUGAGAGUCUUCAGAGCGGAAGAUCUGCCGCAGAUGGACGAUGCCUUCAUGGACGGGAUGAGACAAAUUUUCGGGUUCGACAGCAACAGGAAGAACCUGGUGGAUCCUCUGGUGGAGAUCCACUUUGCCGGAAAAACUGUCUGCACCAAGAUUUUGGAGAGGAAUGCCAAUCCUCAGUGGCACCAGAGUCUCACCAUGCCCAUACGGUUCCCUUCGAUGUGUGAGAAAAUGAGGAUCAGGAUUCUGGACUGGGACAGAGCCAGUCACAACGACGUCAUUGGCACAGCACAUCUCUGUAUGUCCAAGAUAUCUGCCCCUGGAGGAGAGAUUGAUGACGACUUGACCCCCCGGACCGUCCACCCUGGCAUGGAUGACAGUCUCGGGUUUCUGCCAACGUUCGGCCCGUGUUUUAUCAACUUGUACGGCAGCCCACGAGAGUUCCUGGCCUUCAGUGACCCCCAUGAAGCUCUGAACUUGGGAAAGGGCGAGGGUGUCGCCUAUCGUGGGCGUGUUCUACUGGAAGUAACCACAAAACUGAUGGACAAACCGGAGUCCAAAACCGAAGACAUCUCGUCUGAUGAUCUUCUCGUAGUGGAGAAGUUUCUCCGUAAGAGAAAGUUCUCUCUCUUUGUGGCCUUUUAUUCGGCAACACUCCUCCAAGACGUGGACGAUGCCAUCCAGUUUGAAGUCAGCAUCGGCAACUACGGCAACAAGUUUGACUACACCUGCCUCCCGCUGGCCUCCACCACACAGUUCAGCAGGGCUGUGUUUGACGGCUGCCAUUACUAUUAUCUCCCGUGGGGAAAUGUGAAGCCGGUGGUGGUUUUGUCCUCCGAAUGGGAAGACAUCAAACCUAGAAUCGAGGCCCUGAACCUGCUGCUGGCUGUUGUGGAGCGACUGGAGGCAAACCUGGAGCGUGUGCAGCUGGAUGCAAAGGCUGGUGGGGAAAUGGAGGAGCUGGAGCGCCGGGUGGUGGAGCUGUUAGACCAAGUCAUUUCAGACUGUAGUCAGGAGCUUCCGUCUCUGAAUGACUGGCAGUGUGCGACGCCUCUGGACCGCUCGUUGAGACACAUUCGUACGUUGAACCUGCAGCAGAUUGUUUCAGCUGCUCUGGCUCUGAAACAUGGACCAGAAACGGAACUAUCCACUGUUCUGGAGCAAGCCGAGGACUGGGUCAGCCGACUGAAGUCCCUGGCUGAAGAGCCUCAGAACAGUCUUCCGGACAUCAUCAUCUGGAUGCUGCAGGGGGACCGCAGGGUGGCGUACCACCGCAUCCCGGCGCACACGGUCAUCUUCUCCCAGCAGCACUGCGGGAAACACUGUGGACAGCUGCAGACCGUCUUCCUUAAAUAUCCUCAGGGCAGUGGUGGAGAAGCCAAGCUUCCUGGUCAGCUGAGAGUCAAAGUCUGGUUUGGGCUGUCAGCUGAUGUCAAACACUUCAACCAGUGUGCUGAAGGGAAACUGUCCGUUUUUGCGGAGACGUACGAGAAUCAAACCCGCCUCGCACUGGUUGGCAGCUGGGGAACUACAGGUCUGACUUACCCAAAGUUCAGUGAUGUCACAGGACGAGUUAAACUGCCCAAAGAGAGUUUCAAGCCGUCCCCUGGCUGGACCUGGGCUGGAGACUGGUUCAUCAGCCCAGAGAAAACGCUGCUGUUUGAUGUGGAUGCAGGUCACAUGACCUUCACAGAGGAAGUCUUUGAAAACCAGAUGAGGUUACCUGGUGGUCAGUGGAUUGGAAUGCCAGAGGGAUACACCGACGUGAAUGGUGAGAAGGCAGUGCCCAAAGACGAAGUGGAGUGUCCACCUGGUUGGGUGUGGGAGGAUGAGGAGUGGAGUGAAGAUCUCAACAGAGCCGUGGAUGAGCAUGGUUGGGAAUACGGAAUCACCAUACCUCCAGACCGCCGGCCCAAAUCAUGGGUCACAGCAGAGAAGAUGUACCACACUAACCGACGUCGACGAUGGAUACGACUGAGAAGACGAGACCAACAGAAGAUGGAAGCACUCAGAAAGCAGCGUCCAGAUGACCAGGAGAAGGAAGGCUGGGAGUAUGCUUCACUUUUCGGCUGGAGGUUUCACCUGAAGCCCAGGAAGACGGACAGUUUCAGGAGACGCAGGUGGAGGUGCCGCAUGGAACCGCUGGAGAAGACGGGGCCGGCUGCCAUCUUUGCUCUGGAGUGCUCUCUGAGCAGCAUUGAGGACAAGAAUGACGACAAGACUGUAACAACUACAUUUGGAGUCAACAGACCAACCAUUUCCUGCUUCUUUGACCGCGGUACCCGCUACCACUUGCGCUGCUACCUCUAUCAAGCCAGAGAUCUGCUCGCCAUGGACAAAGACAGCUUCUCCGAUGCCUACGCCAUCGUGUCCUUCCUGCAUCAGUCCCAGAAGACGGUCACGGUGCGAAACACCCUGAACCCCACCUGGGACCAGACGCUCAUCUUCUAUGAGGUGGAGAUCUUCGGUGACCCGGAGACCACCAUGUCCUCGCCACCCAACGUUGUCGUGGAGCUCUACGACCAGGACACAUACGGGGCUGAUGAGUUCAUGGGCCGAUGUGUGUGUCAACCCUCGGUAACUGCAUCUCCUCGCCUGGCCUGGUUCCCAAUUCGAUUUGGGGACAAACCUGCUGGUGAACUGUUGGCUGCCUUUGAGCUCAUACGCAGAGAGAAGCCGGCAGUUCAUCAUAUUCCAGGUCAAGAGGGCGACAUCAUGACUUCCACUCAUGUUCUGGAUGAGUUAAUGUUUCCGGGAUUCCUCACUGAAAACCUCCAACAAUGGCCUGAGGAGUCGGACCUGCCGUACCCACCACCGCAGAGAGAACCCAAUGUCUUCAUGGUUCCGCAGGGGAUCAAACCCGUCCUGCAGAGAACAGCCAUCGAGGUCCUAGCCUGGGGAGUACGCAACCUGAAGAGUUUCCAGUUGGCCAGCGUGACCUCCCCGAGCCUGCAGGUAGAGUGCGGCGGCACCAUGGUCCAGAGCUGUGUCAUCCGCUGCGUGAAGAAGAAGCCCAACUUCGAUGUCAACACGCUGCUCCUUGAUGUGCGACUACCUGUGGAGGAGCUCUACAUGCCACCAAUCGUCAUCAAAGUCAUUGACAACCGACAGUUUGGCAGAAAGCCGGUUGUCGGUCAGUGCACCAUCAGGUCUCUGGAGGAUUACCGAUACGUAAAGGAGGAGGAUGGAGAAGAGGAGGAGGUGGAGGACAUCAGAGGUCAUGUGCCUCGGGUGACAAGCGGGGACGCAUUGAUUGACAUAGAUGACAAAGAGCCGCUUAUUCCGGAGCAGCUUGCAGAUGGUGCCGGCUCUGCUAUCAUUAACCUCUCCACUUCUAGCUCCAGCCUCCAUGGAGAAGAAUUCAUGGACUGGUGGAGUAAGUUUUAUGCCUCGACUGGAGAGAAAACAAAGUGUGGGUCGUAUCUUGAGAGAGGGCUGGACACACUGAAGGUGUACGACAGAGAGUUGGAAAAGGUCGAGGAUUUCCAAGGCCUUUCCGAUUUCUGUCAAACCUUCAAAUUGUACAGAGGAAAGACUCAAGAUGAAGGAGAAGAUCCGUCAGUGGUUGGAGAGUUCAAGGGUAUGUUCAAGAUCUACCCUCUUCCAGACGACCCCUCUAUAUCGGUUCCUCCUAGACGGUUCAGAAAACUUCCUCCAAAUGGCAACGAGGACUGUUUAGUUCGAGUCUACAUCAUCCAGGCCCAAGGUCUUCAGCCCAAAGACACCAAUGGAAAGUGUGACCCUUAUGUGAAGCUAACACUGGGCAAGAAGACCAUCAACGACCAUGAGAACUACAUCCCCUGCACCCUUGAUCCUGUCUUUGGGAAGAUGUUUGAGCUGCACUGCUCUCUCCCUCUUGAGAAAGACCUGAGGGUGAUGCUCUACGACCAUGACCUGUUGACCAAAGACGAGAAGAUCGGAGAGACUGUGAUUGACCUGGAGAAUCGCUUCCUGUCCAAACAUGGAGCCAUGUGUGGUUUACCACAGUCCUACUGCAUAUCAGGUGUGAACCAAUGGAGACAGCAGCUGACGCCAAGACAACUACUGUUCAGAGAAUGUGAGCGGCGAAACUUGCGGAUGCCUGUCUUCAGAAACAGCUCAGUCGUCUUCAGAGGAGUGGAGUACACGGCUGCAGAUCUCGAAGACAAACAAGAGGCCACACGUCACCUUGGACCUAUUGAGGAGCGGCUGUCGCUCCACAUCUUACGGAAACUGGGACUCGUACCCGAACACGUAGAGACCAGACCUCUGUACAGCCCGCUACAACCUGACAUAGAGCAGGGACGUCUGAUGAUGUGGGUGGACAUGUUUCCAAAGUCCCUUGGCCCACCUGGACCCCCGUUUAACAUCACACCACGCAAAGCCAAGAAGUUCUUCUUGCGUUGCAUUAUUUGGAAUACGAGUGACGUCAUCCUGGAUGACGUCAGCAUCAGCGGAGAGAAGAUGAGUGACAUUUACGUAAAAGGUUGGCUUGAUGGACAUGAGUACAACAAGCAGAAGACUGAUGUGCACUACCGCUCUCUGGGAGGAGAAGGAAACUUCAACUACAGAUUUAUUUUUCCCUUCUAUUAUUUACCUGCAGAACAACUCUGCGUUGUCGAUAAAAAGGAACACUUCUGGAGCAUAGACAAAGCUGAAACUAAAGUGGCUCCAAAACUCACCCUCCAAAUCUGGGACAACGACAAGUUCUCCUUUGACGACUACCUUGGUCACAUAUCGAUGGACUUGAACCACAUGUUGCGCCCAGCCAAGUCUCCAGAGAAGUGUGACCUGCAGCUCCUGCAGCAGCCAGCUGAUAAACUGGUUUCCCUGUUCGAGCAGAAGACAGUCAAAGGCUGGUGGCCGUGCACCUGCACCAACAACGGAGAGAAGACCAUUGCAGGGAAGGUGGAGAUGUCUCUGGAGAUCGUGACGGAACAGGAGCACGAAGAGAGACCAGCUGGCCAUGGCAGAGAUGAACCCAACAUGAACCCUCACCUGGAAGAACCUCAACGACCAGAGACGUCAUUCUUGUGGUUCUCGUCCCCGUACAAGACGCUCCGCUUCAUCCUGUGGAGACGAUUCAAAUGGUUCAUCAUACUCUUCAUCAUCCUUUUCCUCAUCUUCCUUUUCUUGGGGGUCUUCCUCUAUUCUUUCCCGAACUAUGCUGCAAUGAAGAUGGUGGGACCCUUCGGACCAGCCAAGGGAUCGGAGUGAUCAAAAGAGGAAGUUCUAAAAGUUGGGGAAAAAAGGCUUUUAACUAUCAAAAAUGUUAUGUCACCAUGAUAAAGUUUAGCGUUAACCACAGCCAUGAACUUGUGAACUCAGUCUUCAAGCAAGCUUGCCCUCUUUUAGCGGAGGCGCCCAAGGUUUCUGUGCCUUUUUUCUCGCUCUCUGAUCUGUACAUCACAGCGUGUCUUGUCUGCGUACUUGUCCUCGUUGUCUCCCCCGGAUGCGUCUUUAAUCUCGUUUUCAGUUUAAUCCCCUUUUUUCUGGUCCGCGCUCACACAGAGAUGAGGGAGAAUAGAAGCCGUCAGAGAACACGGCAGAAAGCAGAAGCUGAAUCAAAGAUGGAAAUGUUGCCACCCCCCGCCAUGUCUCAGCGGCGGCAUCGCUGCUUCAAUGAGUUGAAGUCAGGUCAGACAGCGGUGACUCUUUUAAAAGUAGAUCAUUCUCAAAAAUUCUCUCUCGAGUGAGAAAGCUCUAAGUGCGAUGUGAAAUUUACACUAGUUGUUUUGUUUGGAGCAUCUUUAAAGUCAAAGUCUGAAACUUCACUGUGGUGUCUUUGCUCGCUGGGUUACUGCAUUACAGCUUUCUCAAACAGCUCCGUCAAAAUGGUUUCUUACUUCUUUCUUGGACUUCAGUUAUUCAGUUCAUGUCUUUCUGGGACUUCAAAUUCAACACCUCUUUUCCCCUCAUUUCUUGACUUUCUGAUCUUCCGUUGCAUUUGGCUGGUUCAUACGUGUGAUCAUUUUUUCGCUCACAAAACAAAGUACUGCAAUUAGUUUUAGGACUGUCCCUAAGUGUCAAGCUGGGAAAACAGCCAAACGUGCACUAAACUCUCCAAAAAAACUUUGGCUGUGUCAAUACUUUUAACAACAAACUAAACUCUCAAGGUCUCUUCAUUCCUCCAACUAAUCACACUGUCUCUAGCCAAUAAGCAAUCGGCUGUCAAUCUGAAAGUUACCGUAACAUAUGGACUAUAAGUCACUACUUCUUUUACACACUCUGAACCCUGUGGCUUAAACAAACACUCCUGCGAAUAGAUGUUUUUGUUUUUUUUUUUUUUUAUGGGCAAAAGAGCUGCUCGCACGAUGCGCUGUUUUCACCCGUACGUAUUCCCCGCCCACACUUUCACCACUGCUCUGAUGUUCCCAUAGCUCCGCCUCCACAGCUGCUGCACAGAGCUCUUGGAAUACAGGGCGAAAAGUACCGGUAAUAUACACACACAACAGUGAAUCAAGUGCAUUCAUGUCAAUAAAAGGCCUGUAAAUUCAUUGGUCUGAUGUGACGAGAUGAAAAAUAUUGGCCACAUGAUGCACGUUCAGAACCGCCUAGUUUGUUUUCAUCAAUAAUCAGUCGCGACUUAAUAAAUGGUGUCGCGUAUCCCCGCACAUUUUGAAGCUGGUACACAGAGACCACUGACAAUUUUACGAUGUAGACUGCACCGCUGCGCCUGCCACUGAUAGACCAGCAGUUCUCAUGUAUGAACAAAAUCAUUUUUUUCUAUUAAUUUCAGUGGGUGUGGUUUAUGUGGAGGUGUGCUCAGUUAUAACAAUAUAUAACAAUAUAUAACAAUAUUUUGUGGAUCACUGUUGGCAACAAUCGGACAUCAGUCAAUGUCAAUGCACGUAAGGUCAAUUGCCAACUCAAAUGAAGCCUCACAAUCCCCUGCUAUUACAAAUACACUUGGAUUUUAAACAACCUAAAACUUUAUUGACAGUAAAAGCUUCACCAUCGAAAUGCACACAAAUUCAGUCAACCCCAAUAUUUUCCUUAAAACAGUUUGAGAUAAUUAUUUAUUAAUAGCAUACUGUAUAUCAUACAUAAAAUUCAUUUAACCAUCCAUCUCCUAUUCCAUUGCAAAUCUCUCAUGCAUUUUCCUUCUUGCAUUCUUCAUGAAUUACAUGUAUUUCAUUUAUUUGAAUUAUCCCUCAUCUGUGGCCUGUUUGUCCCAACUAUCUGAACCUUGCCCGUCCGUACUCUUAUUUUGCAAGAAACAUGCCUGAUAUAUGAUUUGCCACACAAACAUUUGUGAUUCAUAGUUUCACUCAUACACCAGCAUAUGCAGAAUAAUAUUGACUCAGCAACGCUCUGCUGCCUCAAUCUUAAUAUUUUCCAUUUUUCUCCGACUAUUGUACCUUUUCAUCCCGUCUUGCUUCUCUCAUCAAGUUUUUUUUCCCCCCUCUCCUCUUUUAUUCUGCCAGCGCUCGACAGAUUUAGAGCAGGAUUUGUUCUCAUGGCUUAAGGGUUUUAACUUCACACAGCCAGUGUCAAAAGCAUAUGUAGGUGGUUUGUCUGCCCUGUUUAACUUCAUUAUCAUUUAUUGUUUUAGGCUCAUUUCAGCAGGAUGAAUUUAUAAACGCACCUCAGGUCAAGGCUGGGUGGUGGUCCUGCUAUUUUUUCACGUGCUUUCAGGCAAUUACUGCCCAAAUAUGGCACAUGCAGGAAGUGUUAGAGGAGACAUACUAAUCCACCUGGAUUAUGCAGAAUUUCCUGAACAUGCAUGAUUCAGCGUGUGUGUGUGUGUGUGUGUGUGUGUGUGUGCGGCUGCGUGUGCAGGGAUUGUGUGUAUGAAAGCUGGACCUGCUUUCACCUGCUGCUUUCCUUUGGGCUGUUUGGAUGAUGUUUUGAAGAGUUGCUUUGUCAGCGGAAAUGCCUGUUGUUUCAAGCAAUUCACUUGAAUUGACGUGUUGAAAAGUUUGUGAUCAUUAGACAGGUUGAAGCAGCCUCACAUACUGAUGCUAAUGAUUUUCAGCUUGCUGUGAUUCUGCCACGUAGCGCUGCUCUUUUUGGUGUCCAAAAACUGUUUACGCUUAGUGCCUUCUAAAACCCAGAGAGAGCUGCCUGGUUAACCCAAUAACAUGGGUUGGUCAAGGAAAAGUAGUGCCUCCCAUUUGUUCUGAUUUAGCGAGCCACUUUUUUAAAAUUCCACCAGUUUGAGUUUGAGUUUAGUUGCUCACACUAGUCUUCCCCUGCCGCCUUCAUUUAUAUUCUAGGCUCCUUUGUAAACACCUUUAACUGGACACUGUCACAGUCAAAGUCAGUUGUAAAGCGACCAGACAACAAACUAAUAAGGGAAAUUGAUGAUAAAUAUAAACCUGACUUAUUGUUAAAAUUUGUGAGUGAAAUAUGACGGGCAGUAUGAAAAACUGUGUCUACUUCCCCAGAUCAGAAGGGGUAAUUGAAAUACUGUAAAAGAAAGAUUCCUGUGAUCUCCGUGAAUGAUGGCUGCCUUUGUUAAAAGCUGCGAUGCCUUCGUGUACAGUAAAACACUGAUGCCUCUUAUCACUGCCUGAGCUUCUGAUAAACAGUACGGCGAUACAUAAACCAGAAAUGUGCCCUUAUAUGAUCAAUGUGUUUCUUGUUGAACUGCUUUUGAAUGAAUGCAUUGAUCGUGUCAUGAAUGAAAUAAAAAAAGCACUGAGUCUAUUGAGUGGCUUACUAACCUAAAACUGGCUACAGCUUUGACCCCUCACUGACUGCACUUUCUUGAAAGACAAUCUGAUAUUUUUGGCCGUGCUGAAAUAUUUGUACAACAUGCCUUGAGUUGCUGACACUUCACAAUCUCCAAAAAUGAACAUGUAUCAUUAGUACUUUUUUUUUUUUUCCUCUGUUGGACUUUGGGGUGUUGCUCUAAAAAAAUAUCGAAAUGCAAAGUUCCUGUUGUGCCAAUAUUAUCAAUAAAUUGUAAAAUUUC